AUGAAUCCCGAGUCAGACGAGUGUGAUGCAGCUUUCGCCGCAAAGAAUCCAAGGCGGAAAAAGGUGUUCCAACGACGACUUCAUGAUCAGCUAUCCGAAUCGAGAAUGCUGGAAGUGCUUGAUCGGCAGUUGCAAAGUUCUGGACACUCCACAGGCUCGAACAACCAAGAAGAAGACAACAACGGACAGCAAAGCGACGAGGAAGAAGAACUCGUUUGUGUAUCUAGAAUGGUUAAAGUGGCGGAGCCUGCCUUAUCGAGGAGCUCGGAAUUUCAGGCGGGCGGUGUGUUGAAGACUGUGAGAUACAUCCACAGACAACGAGCAACUAAACCUGUAAAGCACGAGAACCAGGCUGGACAUUGA